ACUCUAGCCGAAGCAAUGCCGGUGGUAAAGGGCAACCGAAGAGAUAUUUGAUGAUGUAUAUAAAUUGGAAAAAUUCAUUCGAAAAUGGCUUUAAAAAGGAUAUUUUAAACGGCUCUCGAAUGAAUCGAUAACGGAACGCGUUUAUGGAUGAUUUGGAAGAGCUAGCUUUACAUUUUCUUCGAAUUUUGUGGCAAAAUCGUCGUAUUGUUACAUCAAUUUAUCAACCAUAAACAUUCGAUCUGACAAAUAAAAUAUGGCCAAAUCGCAAGUCUCGUGGAAAUCAGCUCUUACACCGCAGAAAGCACCGACCUAUGGCAAUCAGGGGAUGUUGAUUGCAAGUCCUAAAGAGCUACAGGUGUCAAAUAUCGAUUAUGUCGUGGUGUUUGAGGGAACUAAAAAGUAUCAUGUCGCCAUUGCAGACGUUGUAAAUCCAUACACGCUUCACGUUGUCAUACCAGAACACGAUACUGCCGAGGAUGUGGCGGUAAAGGUAUUUAUGUGCGAAGAUAACAACGUGAACAUUUUGACCCAUCUCAAGUUCACCUACAUCACGCAAAUGGAGCAUGCCAUCGCCAGAUUUCUAGCCCUAAGUGUCACGGAUUGCGAGGUCGCGGAGAAGCUCGACGCGGUGUGGUCCGUGUGCUCGGGCAAAGAUCACUUGGAACUCUGGGAUAAGAGGCUAGCUCAGGCUUUUGCACAACUGGAAUUACCCAUCGAAUGGACGCUCGUUGGCGAUAUAUUGCAAAAAGAAAACGAAUGUCAAGAAACCCUACUUCAUUUCGCCGCCCACCACGGCCUUAAGGAACUCAUGAAUGUCUUUCUCAACCUGCCCGGAGCUAAACAAGCUUUGUCGACUUGGAACAAGUCUGGUCUGCUACCGCGGGACGUCGCGCGAGAGAGCGGGAGACUGGACAUAGUGGAGCUUUUGGACACUGAGAGAAAUGCGGAACAGCGGAAGAGCGGAACUUUCAAAGAUAAUUGCAAGCGUAAAGUGAAAAGAAAUAACGAUAAUGGAAUGACGACAAUCACUAAUCUCAAAAAUCACAGCAUUCAAGAUGAUAUUCAAUUCCUAAGAGAACUAAACAAACUCAAAUCCAAGCAGUCGAACACGCCGGUAAACAGACAUUCGUGGCCAGUGGAAAUACAAUCGUUUCAUCCAGACGAAAACUACAUUGACGAUUUGGAAAUGGAACUGAGCAAAACGCGUGAAAAUGAUGAACAAAAUAGCAAGAAACGGCCAUUCCUAGAUGAAAAUCUGAUUCGCUUAAGAGAGAUUACAGAAGGGGUCUGUAACCUACGUUCGCAGAAAGCCGAGGAAGCCUUGAAAGAAAUUACGAUGAUUGCUGAACGGAAUCGGCGCCCUGCUCAUUCGCGAAGAUUGUCGUGUCCUGCGUCAGUUGAGCGACGAAAACGAGGCGCUAAAGAUCUUCUUACUCUAAAAUCUCGCCCGGAGUCGAAUACAUCAGAACGUACGCCCACAAACCCAGUUGAACCUACAGACCCCACCGCUUUAGAACCCGUGUUCUUCACGCCACCGGAUUCACCCCCGGUCGGUAACCUCAUCGACCUCGCCUCGCCCACCGUCACCUCUCCAUCCAGCGAAGAUACCUUCCCCAUGGAACCGUUCAUGACCCCUGCGAGCAGUACCCCUUCGUGUAACCACCAGCCCGUAUCCCCCGCUCCAAUUUCCUUGAAAUACUCCGAAGUCGCGAAAAGACCAAACACUGGGCGGAAGGAUCGCCCGCGGACGUGGUACGGCGGAGCAGCGGAUGUUGCCUCAGCGGAGAAUGAUACCCUGUUCAAACGGAGUAACAGCCUGGAAGAUUUCGCGAAGGCGCUUGCUGACGUCAGCGAUGACGAAUCGCUAGCGUCAGCAACGUCUGCCGCAAACUCUAGGGAAGGUCUCCUACAGACGAUGGCAUCUCUCACUGAGAAAGAGAGUCGCACAGAGAGUUUUGUUUCGUCCAUAAGCGAUGGCAGCGUCGACAAGGAAAGUGUCGGGAGUGAUGUGGAAUCUGAACAUGGGGACGAUUGUGGACACGAGUGUACACAUGGGGAUAAUGAAGGUGUUGAUGAUGAGAAAGAUGAGAAAGACAAGGAUAUCAAUGGCUGUGAAGAGAUCCCGGGGUCAGAACGUGCAGCAGAUUCAGAGGGUAAUGAGGGUGCAGCAGCUUCAGAGAGCAAUGAGGGUGCAGCAGCUUCAGAGGGUAAUGAGGGUGAAAUAAGUGAAAGUGCCAAGGAUAUCGAAGAACACGAAAUAACGAAUGAUGUUGGCAUCUCGGGAGAUGACGGCAUCGAAGACUUAGAUGAUAUCGAGGCUCAGCUAGAAACCUCGGAAAAUAACGAAGCCGAAAAACACGGUGUAGACGAGGGGGAAAAAGUAGUCGAUAGUAGGGACAUUAAUGAAUAUGAGGAGAUCAAAAUGAAAGAAGAUGUAGGCCAGAAUGGUAGUGAGGAUGUAGCAAUUACUGCGGGCAGUAAUAUUGAAAAUAGCGAUUUGGGUUAUGUGGAGGAAAACGAUACAGAGCACGAACAUAAAAAUUUUGAUCACGAACAGGAAUGUAAGGGCAACGACACGUUAUCUGAGUGCGAAUGUGGAGACGUGGAGCCCGAAUGUGAAGAAAUCGGAAACGAAUCUGGAGACAUAAACAAUCAGUCAACUAGUGAUAAUAAGGAGGGUCAUCCGCGUUCUUGUGAUGACCAGCAAGAUAUUGAUGAUCAGCAAGAUAUUGAUGACCAGCAAGAUGUCGAAAUGAAGUCCAAGGAGAAUGUUAUUGAUCCAAAUGCAGAAAAUGACGACGUUCGUAAUAACAUUGAAGAAGGUGUAGCUGAUGAAGCGAGUCAAGAAGAUGAAUCUAGCAAGGACCUGGUGUCGACACCAAACGAACUGAAUGAAGAACAUGACGUCAAAUCAAAUAUGGAUGAUGGCUUUCAAAAUGACCUUGCCGAUCAAAGCGUCGCUCCAGCCUUUGCCGAGCAGGAGGGUAUUGUAGGACAUCGAUUUCCUGACGAAAAUAUUGCAUCGGAGAAUUCUACUCCAGAUUUACUUGAUAAAGAAACACUUUCGAACGAAGAAACAGUUUCGAACGAAGAAACUUCCGAUUCACCAGAAAUAGUCGAAAAUUCACCAAAAGAAGACCAUCUUCAAGAUCUUCAAGAAGAAUCAUUACCUUUGGCUGAGUCCGAUGAUUGUGUUGCGACGAAAUCUGAAACCCCGCCAGAAGGCCGUUUUGGAGACUCGGAGCGGUGCGAAGAUUACCCGGGAGAAACCGACGACCAGACGAAUUUCACCGAGACUGCUGCGGAGGACUGCGAAGAUCCAAAAAUCCAAUUCAAAGAUCUAAAUGAUAUCGAAUGCGAAGUAAAAGAUUUCUGUUUACCUGGUCAGAAUACCGAGCGCAACAAAGAACUCUUCCGUGUCCAGGCAACGGAUGACGUGGAAUCGGGCGAGGACUCGGACCCAGGGAAGCACAUCCAAUUUGAUGAGAAACCCCAGUCCAUCAGUCCUAUGGUGGAAGAACGAUCGCCUAGGAAUUCUUUUUCCAACGAAGAGUUUCGACAGAGAUCGGCUGUGCUCUUGUCAGUCAAGGCUCCGGUGAAGCGGACCGGAAGUGACAUAUCUGUGACGUCAUUGCAGGAUGUCGAACUUGACAUGAACGCGAGCAAGCGAGAGAACGACAUGAGCCCGUUGAACAGUUCGCGGAAAGCGAAAUCCUUCGGUGACCUGAGAACAUUCAAGGAAGUCGAGCCAGAAAUAGCCAAAGACGAUGGCAACGAUUCGGAGGAGGAACGGAGGCGAAUUCGUGAAGACCACACGGUUCUAAGUCGCGUAAAAAAAUUCGAGCAGGCAUCGAAAUACGCCAGUAACGAACAACUCGAGCAGAUCUCCAUCUCGCAGGUAAUCACUGACCGUGAAGAAGAAAAACAGGGAAACCGACGAUGGAGCAACUUCUUUUACCCGAAAAACCCAAAACAGCCGAAAAAGCCCGGCCGUACUCCGACUUUCAAGAGAGAGGGACUUCGGUCUUCCAUGACAAGCCUCGGUAAAGGCUCGAAAAGCGCCGGAAAGACGACAAUUGAGACGCUCGUGACUGGCCAACAUUCGGCAGCAUUUGCAAAACACUCUCAAACCGCGCCAAACUUGCAAGUCGCGCCUGGCAGACCACGGUCGUACACGAAAGACUCACCGGGUCCUCUACGGAAAUCUCCGACGGUCGGCUCGGCCGAUCUCGACGAACAGAAAGCGGAGUCGCCCGAUGAAGUCGAAAUCCCGAACGAGGAUAUGGACCUCGACGUUGACUCGGAUCUCGAGAAUUUCGACGAGGAACCGGAGGCGUGGAGCGUGACUGUCGAGAAGAAAAUACUGAAGAAAAUGAGCAAGAACGAUAUCAAACGACAGGAUGUCAUACUGGAGCUGAUCCAGACCGAGGGACAUCAUCUGAGGACCUUGAAAAUCAUGCAACAGGUGUUCUACCGUGGUCUAAACAAGUUUGCGGGCUUUCAGACGGAUCGCCUAGACGAACUCUUUCCAAGAAUUAAUGAUUUAGUCGAGAUAAGCGCGAGAUUUUACCGGAAUUUAAGGUGUCGUCAAGAUGAGAACGCCGCGAUUCUGAAGAUUGGUGAUGUCAUCAUGAAACAUUUCGGUGGUGAUAAUGGGGAACUCGUGAAAGAUGCGUACGGAGAGUUCGUCAGCAAACAUCCUGAAGCUGUGGCAUUGUAUAAGCAUUUUUUCAAGACGGACAAGAAGUUUUCAAAUUUCAUCAAGAAAUGCACAGGGCAUCGAAUCGUCCGUCGAUUGUCAGUCCCCGAGUGCUUCACCCUGGUAACGCAGAGAAUGACGAAAUAUCCUCUCCUGAUUGAAGCGAUUCUCAAAGUUACAAAAUCUUCACACCCGGACUACGCUGGAUUACGAACAGGUCAAGUAAUGGUUAAGGAUGCUACGAAGACAGUGGAUGCAGCAAUCAUAGAUUACCAAAAACAAAAGCGACUGAAAGACAUCAAAAUGAGAAUGGACAAGGGAAGCGUCGUGUUAAAGAAUGGGCAGAAGAUCAAGAACAGCCGUUUUGUUGAAUAUCAAAGCAAGAUGGUUAAUGAUGGUAUCCUGCAGUGGAAGAACGCCAGAGGAAAGCUUACGGAAACGCAUGUUGUUCUUUUGGAGAGCAUGGUGGCGUUCUUGCAGGAAAAUGACAAGAAAUUCAGUCUGUUGUCUAUUGAUGGAAAGUCACCUUGCAUUGCUUUGAACACCUUGAUGGUCCGAGAGGUGGCGACGGACAAAUGUGCGAUAUAUUUCGUGAGUACAAGCAAGAAAAGUCCAGAUAUGUACGAGUUCGUUUGCAGCAGCCAAAAGGACAAGAAGCAGUGGUAUUCAACAAUCACGGAUGCCAUUGCCAAGGCUCCUGAAGACACUGGCGAACUAUUCCACUCUCCUGAAGAAGAGAAGAAAUUAGCUGAAGAACGUUUGAAACGAAUAAACGAAAUUUUAGAAACCAUGAAAGGGAAAGACAAAGAACUGUCUGUUGUAGUCGAAGAGAAAAAUAAACUGGUUUCUGAAAUGAAGGAGCUAUAUCAGCUCAACGAAGGAAAUGGGAAGACAAAAGAUGAUCAGAAAAUUACGUCGAACGAAAGAGCUAGAACCAUCCUACUCACUGCUAUCAGCCGCACGACACAGCUUACGGCUGACACCGUACUUAUACACGAAUCGCACUCGGACUCCGAGCUCGCGGCGGCAACCCAGGACAAGAAGCCGAGCUCGCCGAAACGUUGGGAGACCUUCGGUGGCUUCGAUCGACGACCGAGUCAAAAGACGACACGACGAGCCACGACGACGAUUCCCGAGGGAAAACUCGAGGAAAGCAGCGCACAAAGAAGAGACAGCGGUCUGAGUUUAGCAAGCGAGUCCGUGGGGUCUGGAAAUGAGUUAAGUCAAGGGCAAGAAAUGGGAAGCAAUUCUUCAUUUGAAGUGUUAGAAGCUCUGCAAUGGGUUCUGGUGGAAUUUUCGAAUCAGGAAACCAAGUUGGAGAUGUUACGACUGAGCCAGCAAUCAACGACGGAAGACAUCAAGAAACUUCGCUCGCAGAAACUUCAAAACGACAAGAAACACCUCCAGAUGAAAGAAGAGCACCAAGCAGAGUUGACUCGGCAGAAAAAAGCCUACAGCGAAUUAGAAAGAACUUUCAAUACUCAGAUUUCAAGCCUGAAACAGGAGUUGGUUUCGCAGCAAGAGCAACACGCCAAGUUAUUCAAAGAUUUCUCGGAAUUACGAAGCUCUUACGGGAAAGUAAUGAAUUGAUCUCAAGACUUAAGGUCCCUCAAGUAUUCUACACAAUGCAUAGUAUAGCAGUCUUCGCCCAAAGGCAGUCAAUGUACAUAUCAGAGUGAAAUUAAGACUCCUAUGGAACAAAUUUAAUAAAUCGUUAUUUUCAUUAAAGAAAUUUAGCUAUUAUAGAAGUAUUUUAAAUUGCCAAACAUACUUAUUCAUAAUACAGGGCAUAGUCCAGUUCUUGAUGUACCUACUUCCUGCUGCGAGCCAAUUCACAACAAAAUAGGACAGAAGAAUUAUUGCAUAUAACAACUUGAGCAUGUUUUAUUGUUUCUGGUGAGUUCGGACAAAAAAUUAAAACGAUACCUGGUUUGCUCAGGGCUUUGCUUUGGUUUCCGUGCAGAUUCAUGAAGAGUUAACUACUAGAUUUCUAUCUGUUAGAUUAAUCUUAAAUGCUGUUCACAUAUGCCAACUUUUUCAAAGAUUCCAUCAAACUGCUAUGUCCAAAGUUGUGAAGUGGUUAGCAGAGACGAGGAAAAGUAGACUAAAUUUGCCUAAUCAGAAUUUCAAAGAUCCCAUGCAUUUAUAAAGUUAUAUUAAUUUGUCAAUCGUUUUUAGUCGAUAAAAGAACACAUUGUACAUUUAGGCAACCUUGUGGCAUUGCUCUGACUGUGAAUGCAGUCGUAUAACCAAUUAUCUUCUACUAUUAGGUUAAUGUAAAGCAAUCGACGAUUUUGUAAAGAGAAUUCUAAGCACAGCUGUAGAUAUUUGUUUUCUUUUCAA